AAGUAUUCGGUCGUAUUCGUACCAACUCUCAAAUAUUUAAUUUCAAUUUUACUUUUUUUUUCUUCGUUUUGCACACAAUUCUUGUUUGAAAGGCAGUACUUCACGUGCGGAUGUUCGAAGAUUGCUCAUCCCAACAGAUGUGUUCCGAGCAUAGUUCUUGAAUUCUCGGUUUUCAUUGCAAAUUUUUCCUUUGGUCAGCCUCGAUUCUACAACAAAACACGGAAACAAAAUUAAUUUGUUUCUGUUACGGAUAAUCGAGCCCCGGAUCAUCGAAUUAGCAAGAGUAUCUUGCUUAUAAAUACACGUUCAUCCUCGGACAGAAUGGCUCGUGGACAACAAAAGAUUCAGUCACAAGCUAAGGCAGCCGAGAAGGCUGCAAAAGUGAAAAAGCAACAAGGACAUAGUGCUAAUGAACAAAAAAAGGCUGCACAGAAAGCUUUAGUACACGUGUGCAUAGUUUGUAAGGCACAAAUGCCAGAUCCAAAGACAUACAAACAACACUUUGAAAACAAACAUCCUAAGAAUGACUUACCAGAAGACUUAAAGAAUAUAUGAGGGUGAGAUGUUGCGUAAGGAUACAGGUUGGGAUGGAGCAAGAGCAACAAAAAAUUACUACAAAUGACAAAGUGAUAUAGUUCGACGUUCAACUAAUCAUUAAAUAGUCUCAUACAAAAAAUAAAUUAAACCUUGUUAGUGUUUAAAAUGAACUAUUGCACAGUUAACAAUUGAAUUUUUGUGCACAGCCCAAAAUUGGUAUUCACUUGCAAAAGUAAAUUUUCUAGUUUUCUUUCAACGAUAUUCAGUAAUGUUCAUCAAACACGUGAUUGCUAAGUUUCCACUUGAUUGAAACAUGUAUAUUACUAAUAAAUAAAGUUAAUCGAUUUAGCAGAA